UCAAUCACCUGGUUAACGUGCAUGUCUGUCAGUCUCAGUCACGGCACGGUGUGUCGGUGACCUGAGUGUCCGUCACGGUGGACUGACAAACGGAGACUACUGAAUCCUGGGAUUGCUCUGGCGAAGGCCUUCAUAGUCUGACUGUAGCAGUACAGACCAUUGUAGAUGGCCGUCAGUAAUGGAAAAGAUCCUGCAGGCCUAUUUGAUGGGUUUAUGGAUACUGUAUCAUUUAUGUAGAGAUCUUUAGGAAUCAUCUGUUGAGGAGUUAGACCCAGAGAAUCAGUCUGACAGAUAGUUGUUGUGAUAUCAGCGCCGACUGAUACUAAUUACUAGAGAUCAGCGGUGAGUUUCCCAAAAACAUAAAGAUCAUAUUGGCAAAAUGGCAUAAAAUCAUAAUUUUUCUAUUGCUUAUGAAUGGACUUAAGAUGAUCUUCAUGUUUUGGGGAAAACCCUGAUCUGUUGAGAUUAGGCAUUACAUGAUACAGUAUCAUGGUUUCGCCAAAGCAUCCAAGUGAAGGAAUUGUAUUAAACAUCAAAUGACCUUGACUUGAAAUUGAUGCAGAGUGAAAACGUAAUCUAAAUGACAAAUGACCAAAUGAUAUAUACUGUAUAUAUUUACUCUGGGUAUAUAUCGUGACCUGUGUGUAUGUGUGCACUUACUACGGUAAUGGUUUAAUAGAAGGAUAAGUUGAUGAUAAGUUUUGCUGUUUUGUUGCGUUAGUUAAAAUACUGUUCCUGCACAAUACAAUAUCCCUUAUCAUUGAUCACUGUAUUGCAAAAGAUGUUGAUAUGAAAUGAUUUAAAUCACACUAGAGAACUGAGCCUGGAUCUGUGCACAAGGGUCACUUGAUUCCAAUCAAAUUAACUGAGCCCAUAAAAGCAGAGAGGGGCAUAUGCGGUGUGACUCUGAGUUUAUGGAGGUGCAUGGCCUCACUUGAUUCUUGACCCUUGUUCCAUUCUCUCGACAACCUUUUCACCCAAUCGAUUGGUCAAUCAAUAUGGCUUUUUACCUGCUUCUCUAUGCUUAUAAACUCUCUUUUUCCAUAGAGCUGUUGUCAGAUUCAGAAGAAUUGCCCGAUGAUGAAACUGUCCCAGGGGGACAGUCCGAGCUGACCGGACUAUUUGUAGAGAGGCCAGAGAGCACUACAGUAAUCAAAGGGAAGAACGUCACCUUUGUGGCUAAAGUGGACUCAUCUGACCUGCUGAGGAAGCCCAACAUGAAAUGGCUGAAAGGGAAGUGGCUGGACCUGGGCAGCAAGGCUGGCAAGCACGUGCAGUUUAAAGAGGCCUAUGACAGGAACUCCAAGGUCUACACAUAUGAGAUGAGCAUCAUCAAAGUAGUGGAAGGAGACGCAGGUGGCUACCGUUGUGAGGUCACCUCCAAAGACAAGUGUGACAGCUGUACAUUUGAAGUCACAGUGGAAGCCGUACAAGAGGAGCAGCCCGCCAACAUCCUGGAUGCCUUCAAGCGAUCAGGCAUAAAAGGCACCAAAAAAGGGGGAGAUGCAGGAGAGGAUGCAGGUGACCUGGACUUCAGUGCCCUCCUCAAAAAAAGGGAAAAAAAGGCGAGGGACGAGCCCAAAGAGGAUGUGGAUGUGUGGGAGAUCCUGAAGGAUGCUAAGCCAUGUGACUAUGAGAAGAUUGCCUUUGACUAUGGCAUCACAGACCUCAGGGGCCUGCUCAAGAGACUGAAGAAGAUGAAGAAGGUGGAACCCAAGAAGAGUGAUGCCUUCCUGAAGAAGCUAGAGCAAUGUUACUCUGUGGACAAGGGCAAGAGGACCCAGAUGCAUGUUGAGCUCCAUGACCCCAACGUUCAGGUCAAAUGGCUGAAGAACGGAGUAGAGAUCAAACCCUCUGCCAAGUAUGUGUUUGAGUGCGUGGGCAACAAACGGACACUCACCAUCAACAAGAGCAACCUGUCUGACGAUGCAGCCUAUGAGUGUGUGGUGGGAGAGGAGAAGAGCUUCACUGAAGUCUUUGUCAAAGAGCCCCCGGUCACCAUCACCAAGCUGCUGGACGAUGUGCAUGUAGUGGUGGGAGAGAAGGUGGAGUUUGAGUGUGAGGUCUCAGAGGAAGGAGCCAACGUCAAAUGGAUGAAAGAUGGAGUUGAGCUGACCAAGGAUGGGAAGUACAGGAUAAAGAAGGAUGGGAAGAAACACACUCUGGUCAUCAAUGAAGCAACCAUAGAGGACAUCGGAAUGUACUAUGUUUACACUAACGGGGGAGAAUCCAAAGGAGAACUGGAAGUGGAAGCCAAGGAGCUGGAGGUUCUGCAGAGUAUAGCUGACCUGUCGGUGAAGGCGUGUGAACAGGCCAUGUUCAAGUGUGAGGUGUCUGAUGAGAAGGUGGUGGGCAAGUGGUUCAAGGACGGUGUGGAGGUCAAACCCGGCAACCGCAUCAAGAUGUCACACAUCGGAAGGAUCCACAAGCUGACGAUUGAUGAUGUGAAGCCGCAGGACGAAGGAAACUACACAUUUGUCCCUGAAGGAUACGCACUCUCCCUCUCCGCUAAACUCAACUUCAUUGAAAUCAAGAUUGAAUAUGUUCCACGCCAAGACCCUCCCAAAAUCCACCUGGACACCAGUAGCACGGGCAGCAAGAACACCAUUGUUGUGGUGGCUGGCAACAAGCUCCGCCUUGAUGUGGAGAUCACAGGAGAGCCUGUCCCCACUGUGUGCUGGAUGAAAGGAGACACUGUGAUAUCGGAGGCGGAGGGCAGAGUGAGGGUGGAAACCAGAACCACUCUGAGCAGCUUUGUCAUUGAGGGGGCGGAGAGGCCAGACGAAGGCCAGUACUCCAUCAUAGUGACCAACCCAGCUGGAGAGGACAGAGCUGAGCUCAAUGUCAAGAUUGUUGAUGUGCCUAACCCUCCAGAGAACGUCAGAUGUAUGGGAGUUGGCGAGGACACAGCCACCAUUACAUGGGAUCCCCCCAAAUUUGACGGGGGAGCGCCCAUCAAAGGCUACCUGAUGGAAAGGAAGAAGCAGGGUUCCUCCAGGUGGACCAAGCUGAACUUUGAGGUGUUUGAGUCAACCACGUACGAGGCUAAGAAGAUGAUUGAGGGUGUUUUUUAUGAGAUGAGAGUGUUUGCUGUCAACGGGAUCGGGAUCUCCCAGCCCAGCGGCAACUCAAAGCCCUUCAUGCCCAUAGCCCCUACCAGUGAGCCCACUCGUCUGACGGUGGAGGAUGUAACAGACAGCACCUGUGCCCUGAAGUGGCGUCCUCCAGAGAGGGUUGGAGCAGGGGGCGUUGACGGGUACAUAAUCGAGUGGUGCAAAGAAGGAGAGGAUAACUGGGUGGAAGCCAAUAAGGAGCCAGUGGACAAGAACACGUACCGUGUGAAGGGGCUGCCAACAGGAGAGAAGCUCUUGUUCAGAGUGGUGGCUAUGAACAUCGCUGGACGCAGCCCCCCCUGCACCAUGAAACAGUCUGUCAUCAUCAGAGAGAUCAUGGAGUACCCAAAGAUUCGCCUGCCUCGCCAGCUCAGAACCAAGUUCAUCAGGAAAGUGGGCGAGAAGAUCAACCUGGUCAUCCCCUUCCAGGGGAAGCCUCGCCCCGUGGUCAACUGGCUGAAAGAUGGUGAGCCCCUGGAGAAUAAGUCGGUGGGCAUCCGCACCAGUGACUUUGACACCAUCCUGUUCAUCCGCUCGGCAGAAAGGGACCACUCUGGGACGUACACCCUGUCUGUCCAGAUAGACAACAUGCAGGACAAGGCUGACAUACACAUCCAGAUUGUAGACAAGCCAGGUCCUCCUAUAAAUGUGAUGGUAACAGAUGUGUGGGGCUUCAAUGCUGCUCUGGAGUGGAAGCCCCCCAAAGACACAGGCAACACUGAUAUCAUCGGCUACACCAUCCAGAAGGCUGACAAGAAGACCCAGGGUUGGUUCACAGUGUACGAGCACAACCGCCGGCCAAACUGCACAGCGUCUGACCUGGUCAUGGGGAACGAGUACUCCUUCCGUGUGUUCAGUGAGAACAUCUGUGGCUUGAGCGAGGAGGUGGCCUUCAGCAAGAACACUGCCAUCAUAGGCAAAACAGAUCUGGAGUACAACAAACCAGCCUUCAAAGAGAAGGACAUGAGCAGCUCCCCCAAGUUUACAGCUCCCCUAGUGGACAGGGUUGUUGUUGCAGGCUACAGUACUGCCAUCAGCUGUGCUGUCCGGGCCUACCCUAAGGCUAAGAUAGUGUGGAUGAAGAACAAGAUGAUCAUUGGGGAGGAUCCUAAAUUCUUGAUGCAGAACAACCAGGGGGUGUUGACCCUGAACAUCAGGAAGCCCAGCCAGUUUGACGGGGGAAAGUACUCCUGUAAGGCCAUCAACGACCUGGGGGAGGACGAGGUGGAGUGCAGGCUGGAAGUCCGAGUCUUAAAGGAGAAGAAAGAAGGAGACGAGGAGAAGAAAUGAGUUACAGUGACCGAUAGAAACACCAGAAGAUACAGUUCUGCAGGAAUCAUAAUGGAUUAUAUAUAACAGGAUAGACGUGAAUAAAUAUGAUUAGAAUAAAAAACUGGUGAUGUUUUCUAAAUAUGCUCUCUCUAUCUCCCUCUCUUUCUUUCUUCCUCUCUCUAUCCCCCUCUCUCUCUUUCUUCCUCUCUCUAUCCCUCUCUCUCUCUCUCUUUCUUCCUCUCUCUAUCCCUCUCGUUCUCACAUCCUCACCAGUGGCAUGUCAAAUACCAUAUCAGUAAUAACUGAAUGAAUUAUGAUAAUAACACACCACUGCAUUGAGACAAGCUAAUUGAGAGUAGUAAUAUAGUACCUUAAUAAUGGCUGAAUAUUACAGCUCAGAGAUGGAUUCUUCUUAUCUGUGACAUGAACCUGUCAGUGCAACACACAUAAAACAGUCAUUUACCAAA